UAUUUUACACUAUCCGGAUUAAAAACCGACAUUGGUGACCUGGGUUCUACAGGAUGGGGUUGGGUGAUCGUGGUCAUCUUAGUUGCUAUGGUUGGCAAAAUUUUUGGUUGUACUAUUGCUGCCAAAGUUUCUGGAUUAAAUUUCAGAGAAGCUUUAACGGUUGGAAUUUUUAUGAAAUUAAUUAUUCUCAAUGUUGGUUUUGACGCAAAAAUUAUAAAUGUUAAGGUUUUCUCAAUCAUGGUUGUCAUGGCUCUCACAACGACAUUCGUCACAACUCCACUUGCUACUUAUUUGUACCCUAUUCAAUACCAAAGGAAAAUGGAACGCAAACGCGCUAAAGAAGAUCUUGAAUCACCUGAGGAUUUACCACAUUCAAAACAUCUCAGAUUGUUGGUUGUAUUGAGCAAAGUUGAAAAUCUACCAGCCAUGAUAACUUUUGUACAACUUUUACAACCUAACAAGGUUGAUUCUCCCAAAUCUCCUUUAAAAAUUUCCGAUGAAAAUUCUGAGCCAGAUACAACUAAAGUUAUUAGACCUAUGAAUGUUCAUGUUUUACGUUUUGUCGAGCUUACGCAACGUAUGUCAGCGGUUAUGAAGUUUAAUGAAAUUUCGGAAACUAUUUUACAUGAUCCGAUCAUGAAUACGUUUUCUGCACUUAGUCAUGUUAGUUCGGUAAAGGUCGAUGCCAAAUUAUCUGUUUCUGCUCAAAAGGACUUUUGUCAGGAAAUUACUGAUAAGGUACAGGAUGCUGACAUUAAUCUAGUAAUACUUCCAUGGAGUGGUGCUGGUGAAAUAGUAGACACGCCAAUUGAACAUAAAGAUCAUGCACCGCGCGAGAAAAAAAGCACAAGUCCACAGGUUGCAGGUUUUGUUCAGGACGUUUUUAAUGCGGCAACAGUUUAUGCAAACGUAGGAGUGUUUGUGGAUCGUGGCUUUGGUAGCACUGACAACACACGUGCACUUCCUAAUCCUAGUGGUUAUCUUAAUAUUUUUGUACCUUUCUUUGGUGGUGCUGAUGAUCGUGAGGCACUCACUUUCACUUUUAGAUUACUUGAAUAUCCAAAUGUCAAUAUAACUGUAGUGAGAGUAAUAAAAUCUGAAAAACCUACCGACAACGAUGUCACUUUAUUAAAAUCUGAUGCCCAAUCCGAGAUUAGCAAUGUAGAUGACGAAAAAGAUCGACCUCCGCUUGAUCGACAAAUUUCAACCAUUUCUAUUAGUGAAGCUGUAGCACAUAAGGAAAGUGAAGAGGAUGAAUCAUUUUUAGAAACGCAUUUAAAAUCGAAAUCUGGAUAUCCUGCACAAAAUGCACGUAUUAGUUACCAAGAAAUUUCUUCUUAUACACCAAUACAAACUGCUGUUGAACGUGCCAAAGAAAUUGUCAACAGAAAAGAUUUAGUUGUUGUAGGGCGUAGUCGUCAUUCUCAUGCGAAUGAACGUCAUCACCAUUAUGAAUUUAGGGAAUUAAUUAAAAAUUUAGGAAAUUAUGGCAACGAUACACAUAAAUCUUUAGGCUAUGUUUCCGAAGCAUUUUUAGUUGGAGGUGUUAUGGCAAGUCUUUUGGUGUUACAAGCAAAGCAAACAAAAUGA